CUAGCACCUCAUUAUCCUAUAACAAGCUAUCCCUUCCCCAAGUUUUCACCACCACCUUUCCUCUUUCCUCCUUCCUUCCUUCUGUUUUUUGGGUUUUCAGGAUUUGUUCAGGUGAAAAGAGCCCAGAAAAACAGGAAGAAAAAUGAAGUUUUUCAGCUUCUGGGCUGCGGCUGUUGCUGUUUGUCUUUUUGGGGUAUGGGUGGUGGAUGGGUUCUUGGAGAUGAAUGAAGAAGAGAUAUUUUACACUGAAGCUAAUGCUUCUUAUUACAUUGAAUCUAAAGCUUAUAAUCCCAAUAAUGCUUUGUUGGUUGGCCUUACUCUUAUCAAAUCAGCUGCUGCUAAAGGAGCAGUCUGUUUGGAUGGAACAUUGCCUGGAUACCAUUGGCAUCGCGGGUAUGGUUCAGGAGCAAAUAGUUGGCUUAUUCAAUUGGAGGGAGGAGGAUGGUGUAAUUCUGUUAGAGCUUGUGUUUACCGAAAAACAACUCGGCGAGGCUCAUCUAACUAUAUGGAAAAGCAGUUGGCAUUCACUGGAAUACUGAGCAAUAAAGCUGUAGAAAAUCCUGAUUUUUUCAACUGGAACAGAGUAAAACUUCGAUACUGUGAUGGUGCCUCUUUUACGGGGGACAGUGAACACAAGGCUGCACAACUUCAAUUUAGAGGACAACGUAUAUGGUCAGCUGCAAUGGAAGAUUUAAUGUCUAAGGGGAUGCGCUAUGCCAAUCAGGCUCUUCUUUCUGGCUGCUCUGCUGGGGGUCUAGCUUCCAUUUUACACUGUGAUGAGUUUAGGAACUUCUUUCCGAGAAAAACUAGAGUGAAAUGCCUGAGUGAUGCUGGUUUAUUCCUUGAUGCAGUUGAUGUUUCUGGUGGGCGAACGUUAAGAAACUUAUAUGGUGGUGUUGUGGGCUUGCAGGGGGUGCAGAAUAACCUUCCACGCAUAUGCAUCAACCACCUUGAUCCAACUUCGUGCUUCUUCCCUCAAAACGUAAUUGGCAAUGUUAAAACCCCACUGUUCAUUCUCAACGCAGCUUAUGAUUCAUGGCAGAUCCAGUCCAGCUUAGCCCCACCAUCUGCAGAUCCUGCUGGCUAUUGGAGUAAUUGCAGAAAGGACCACUCAAAAUGUUCUGCAUCCCAAAUCCAGUUUUUGCAAGGAUUCAGAAAUCAAAUGUUGAAUGCGAUAAAAGGCUUUUCAAGGUCUAGACAGAAUGGCUUGUUUAUAAAUUCAUGUUUUGCUCAUUGCCAAUCAGAGAGGCAAGAUACAUGGUUUGCCGAUAAUUCCCCCGUACUUGGGAACAAGCCAAUUGCACUUGCUGUUGGAGAUUGGUAUUUCGACCGGUCGGGCGAGAAGGCUAUUGACUGCCCCUACCCCUGUGACAGCAGUUGCCACAAUCUGGUUUUCAGAUGAGCCGAGCUUUUUAUCAAUUUGCUCAUCUUUACAUAUAGUCUUCUUACUAGAUUCAACUUUAUAUAUCCUCAUUGUUACUGUGAUAGAACUAUGCAAUUCAAUGAAAUUUGGUAGAAGACAAUAAGAAGGAAGGUUGCUGAGAAAUGCAAAUUUAUCUGGAGGCCCUUUGUAUUGCUGGAGCACAUCUUGUGCAUCCAAAUUACUAGAUAUUCAAUUUAAAUUGUAAUCUAUUAAUUUUUAUUAUCAAUCAGUAAGUCCAUAUUUUGGUGCUGAUGCUUUUGACAAUGUGUUUGGAAAGGGGACGGCCACCAUCUCCCUUUCCUCUUUCGACUAAAAUAAAAUUCAGCUACUCCAUCUUCAUAUA